AAAUCCGUUCGGACAGUGGACUUGGAUUUGUAGCUUUCUUACGCAUUUGGCAACGCGUCAGCUGCCAGUUCAUUGGGUAACUGAUUUCAGGUUUCAUUCUUACCGUCAUUCAAAUAAUCAUCCUUCAUCUUCUGCGCAUUUGAUCUGCCCUCGAGUUUCUCGCCUUGUCAAAGCUGCUGCUGCGUCGUCCAUGGAGGUCGAGCGAGGUGCACAAUCUGCUCCCAUGAAGCUCUUGUUUGUCGAGAUGGGUGUUGGCUACGAUCAACAUGGUCAAGAUGUCACGGCUGCUGCAAUGCGAGCCUGCAGGGAUGCCAUAUGCUCCAAUUCGAUUCCAGCAUUCCGUAGAGGUACCAUUCCUGGAGUCUCAUUUGGAGAGAUGAAACUACAGAUCAAACUUGGAGUUCCACAGUCGCUUCAACAAUCCUUGGAUGUUGAAAAAGUCAAGUCCGUCUUUCCAUAUGGGAAGAUUCUGAAUGUUGAGGUUGUCGAUGGUGGCUUAAUAUGCUCCAGUGGUGUGCAUGUGGAAGAAAUGGGAGACAAAAAUGAUGACUGUUACAUAGUAAAUGCCGCCGUAUAUGUUGGCUACUAAUUCUUGUUGCCUUAUAUUCCUUUCGAAGACCUUGAGGAUUAUUUACCAGUCAUCUUUGAUUGUAACUAUGCAGUUAGUUAUGCUUGAUGUAUACAUUAACGUUUCAGUUUCCUUGGAGAUAUUGCUAGAACCGCAGGGUUAUUUCUGGGCUCGAUUAAUCUCUCAAUUUUAGUAUUUCUUGGUUUCAACGUUCUGCAA